AGCCAAUUGAAAUUCAUAAAAAGUUUGAAAAACAUUUAUUGAAAUCGCUUGCCUUCUUUGGACAUUCAUGCUUUAAAAAUAUUUUUUACUUCUCCAGCUUAAAAACAUUCACUCGUUCAACGGCGUUGUUAGCGUUGUCUCUGCGUCGGGAUAUAUAAUAUCAAAUAGUAAUGGCUGAUACUCUCACAGAAGAACAAAUUGCUGAGUUUAAGGAAGCUUUUUCUCUCUUUGAUAAAGAUGGUGAUGGCACAAUUACCACUAAAGAACUUGGUACAGUUAUGAGAAGUUUAGGCCAAAAUCCGACUGAGGCUGAACUUCAAGAUAUGAUAAACGAUGUUGAUGCUGAUGGCAAUGGUACAAUUGAUUUUCCUGAGUUUUUAACAAUGAUGGCAAAAAAGAUGAAAGACACAGAUUCAGAGGAAGAGAUUAAAGAAGCUUUUCGGGUUUUUGACAAGGAUGGCAAUGGUUUUAUAAGUGCAACUGAGUUGCGACAUGUCAUGACUAAUCUUGGAGAGAAACUAACAACUGAGGAAGUUGAUGAAAUGAUAAAAGAAGCUGAUUUAGAUGGGGAUGGACAAGUGAAUUAUGAGGAGUUUGUGAAAAUGAUGGUCUCAAAAUAAAUAGAACAUUGAAGAUUACAUAAAUCAUUAUAGCUUUUUGUAGAUAGUUCAUCAUCUCCUGUAUGGAGUUUUAUUUAAUUUUCUUUUAUUUACAGAAAUAUAUUAUAAAAACUGCUAUAAAUUUCA